GCUCGCGCACAUUUUGGUAACAAUGACCGCAACCUUCAUCUUGGCGGCGACUGAGACCCGCUCGCUUAAAACCUGGAAAUUCCGUGUUGCCGUUCAGCUGAGUUGAGUGGGUGGGUACCAACCACUAAGUAGGCCAUGACAGAACCCAUAGUCUCUUCCAUUGAUGGCAAGCUGGCCGAAGAGUUCACCGCUCCCUCCCACGUGGACGAGGUCAGGGAGAGGAUGACCUCCUUCGCCCGGCUCCAUGCCGAGGGGGCCCGCCGCGUGGUCCUCAUCACGUCAGGCGGUACCAAAGUCCCGCUGGAGUCUCGCACCGUUCGCUUCUUGGACAAUUUCAGCAGCGGCAGGAGGGGCGCGCUGUCGGCAGAGUACUUCCUAGACGGCGGCUACGCUGUCAUCUUCCUGCACAGACAUCGCUCGCUCUACCCGUACUCUCGCAUGUUCUCCUCUGUCAACAUGCUGGAUGCCCUGGAGUUCUCGGAACAGGAACCGGACCGCGUGGUGGUGAACCCGCAGGUGCUCCCCAAUGUUGCCAAAGUGCUGAAGAAGUACCGGGAGAUCACAGAUGCCAAACUCCUGCUCCCCGUCGAGUUCAGCACUCUGUCGGAGUACCUGCACCUCCUCAAGGCGUCAGCGCAGGCCCUCAGCACCAUAGGAUCCAAGGCCAUGUUUUACUUGGCGGCGGCUGUGUCGGAUUUCUACAUCCCUGCGUGUGACAUGCCGGAGCAUAAAAUCCAGUCUUCCAACGGACCGCUUCAACUAAGCUUGAAGAUGGUGCCCAAAAUCUUGUCCCCACUGGUGAAAGACUGGGCGCCGCAGGCCUUCGUCAUAUCCUUCAAACUGGAGACAGACGCCGCCAUCCUACUGGACAAGGCUCAGCGAGCGUUGGAGAUGUACAGGCACCAGGUAGUGGUCGCCAAUGUGCUGGACUCACGGCGGGGCCACGUAGUGGUGGUGACGCCCACCAGCCAGCACGAGGUGGUCCUCUCCAAGGAGGAUGUCGACAACCAGGUGGAGAUCGAGGAGAGAAUUGUGACUAAUUUGACAGCGGCACACGAGCGCUUCAUUCAACAACAAGCAGCCUGAUUGUAAUCAUCUGCUGCACGUUGUUUCGAUUCUUGGCUUUGUAGUCGUAGUAGGGAUUUCUAUGAUUAAUGACUUAAUCGCUAACAUUCAUGUGCAAUUGAAUGUUUGUAUCAAGGUGUCUUGGCGCAUUUUAAAGAAUCAUGGAUGUUAUUAUGGGCCAAAGAGCCAAAUAACGGGACUCUAUGCACGCAGCACUUCUGCAUUUUGGAUAAGGAGAACGCUAACCUCCAAUCACCAGGCAAAACAACAAUAGCAAUAACAAUGACGGCAUCAGACUGAAAAGUUGCCGUAAAUGACAUAUUACCUUUUUAAUUGCUAGUUAUCCUGGUAUUGGUGAAGUAAAAAGGAUCCAAAUCCAAUUUAAUGAGUCAUUUGCAGUUAAACAGUAAUUGUAGGUCUUUGUGUAGUUAGACUUUCACUGCUUAACCUUUAAGACUUUCAAGUCUGCGUAUAGAGCACUUUGAAAAACAGCCCCUGCUGUAACAAAGUGCUAUACAUAAUGAUUGAACAUAAAUGGAACGCCUUUGUCAUUGUAUGGUGCUGUAGAUACAACAAAUCAAAAACAGAUCUUUACAAAAUACUUUUGAAAUUUCAACCUCAAAGUACUAGCACCUAAAUAUUGACUAAACCCAUUUCACAACCCCACCUUAUAUAUUUCAAGAAUUAGGUUAUUUUUCAGUCAGAUAACAUCCCAGUAGCUUGAAACAAACUGACACCGGAAACCCGUACUCUCCUAAACUUUCCACCAGAAAUGCUUAAUGUGUUGCCAUGCAUAUGGUCCAUAGAGGCCAUAGUUGUUUGAUGGCUAAAUGGGCUGUGAAACGACUUGAGGCAAAGUUUGAUGUGUGAUCAUUUCGGGUUCGGCUCCAUUUCUUCGACCCGAAACCCACGCACCUCUUUAAUUUGACUUUUAUUGUUCAGCAAGUUUAAAAAUCCAUUUGCUAUAACCCAUAGACUAGAGAAAUACCUAAAAUUAAAGGCCUUGAUAAGGACUUUUCAGAUCUCACAUUAUUUUGUCAUUACGACACAAUCUCCCAAAACAGUUUGCUUAAAAAAUGUCAAUCUCCGAAAAUGUAUUUGUAAAAACACAUAUUUAGUCAUACCCCAAAUUAAAAGCCUUGAUAAAGGACUUUCUAAGUCUGACAUUAAUUUGUCAUUGUCCUCAUAUGAUUCCAAAAUCUACCAAAACAGUUUUGCAUCAGAAAUAUAACCAAUCUCCAAAGAUCUAUUUGCAACGACCUAGAUUGAGUCAUACCUCAAAUUAGGGGCCUUUCCAGAUCAGCCUUAUUUUUUUUUAAACGUUACCAAUUAACAAUUAUUUAAAUGUAUUGAUUGAUAUUCCUGCUAACAAUACUUUGUCCAUCCCUAAUUCAUACAUGCUUCUGAUAAUUUAGACCGCAAUGCUUUAAUUGUGAAAUUAAUUGACAUUCUAUUAUUUCUGUACAUUGCGCUUACACAGUACAAACCAUUAAAGAUUGUAAAACGUUUAUUCACCUUGCAUGAUGUCAAUAUUGUUAUACAACCAUGGUAGCCAAAUACUCAAACUCGCAACCACAUUCCACUGAACAAAGCCCUGAGGCUUUCCCCUUUGUUACUUGAGUUUGAUACUCUUCUUGACUCCUGCGCGAAUACCAGACAGUUCUCCGCUGUAUCUCGUCUCCUCACGCCGAACCUCGCGGACCUGAUGAACAUGCAACCGGUUAACAUCAGACAUAAGCGUACAUUGAAGCUACUACUACAUGUAUAGGGAAAACACACCUGGCCUUUUCUGCGGAUCUUAGCCCGCCGGAACUUCUCGCGGUGCUUGACUCGAGGGUUGCGGUCGAUUUUCUUCCUCUUGGGAGUGAGCCCUCUGUUCUUGGCCAUCUGUGAGGAGGGUCAAGUCAUGACAUUAGGACGUGUUUGGAACAUUUUGACAACGGAAUGCCUGAUCUUCAAAGGGGGAGUCUUUUACUUUAUUUUCAUUUGAUUAAUAAUACAUUUUGCUGAGUUCUGUAUAAAAAAAGACAGGUAUUGUGUUGUGGUGCUGCUAUUUUGCAGAAUCUCUGAGAGACACAUUUCUGUAAGUCUGAAUAGUGAAUGUUUCGUCGUUCGUUGACAUGCAAGCCUCUUUCACACAAAGAUCCCACAAAAUGUAUGCAUUGCAGCAGUAAAUCUGGCAUCGAUUCAUGUGUGUGUGCCUUUUACACAGAACCCAGCCAGGACACAACAAGACUUUUACAGAGAUCCCGCAAAUUUCCUGGGUACAAUAAAAUAACCAGAAUUUAUUCACGUGUAUGCCUUUUCCACAGACCCCACCGAAGCCAAAAAAGC